AUGGUUUGCGACAAGUGUCAGAAGAAACUUGGUAAAGUAAUCACUCCAGAUCCCUGGAAAGCAGGAGCUCGAAAUACAACAGAAGGUGGUGGCAGGAAAGUUGGGGAAAAUAAAGCUCUUACUGCGAAGAAAAACAGGUUUAACCCAUAUCAGACCAGCUUUGAGAAAUGCCGAAUCUGCAAGACCAUGGUUCAUCAGCCUGGGUCACACUACUGUCAAGGUUGUGCAUACAAAAAGGGUAUUUGCGCCAUGUGUGGGAAAAAGGUGCUUGAGACAACAAACUACAGGCAGAGUUCAACUUGA